UUUUGAAACCUGAAUUCAUUCGUUGCGCGGCAUUCAAAGUGUAAGGUUGUGUCUUCCGUGAGUCUCUCGACUGAUUUUUCUGACCGAUCGGGCCAAUAUCCAGACAGUGAGAGAGAACGUAGUUAAAAACCAGCUUAGAGCGGGCCGACAAGUGUGACUUGCAGUCAGCAUCCGCGCAUUGUCGUGGUAGAGAAAGAAACGACGCUAUUUGUGUACUCCGUCGACGUUUUUGGAGACGUCUUUGGGGCCUCUCUCACAGCUUGUGAUUUUGGAGCCACAGCAGCUCAGCCAGGUUGCCGUCUUCCCGAGAAGAAUUGUGUGGCGCGCGUUAUUCGUGCUCUUGUCUCUCGGCUCUCCACUCCACUUGGCUGGGUGUGGUGCUAGAAACGAAACUCAAAUAAAUUAAUUGCACAAGAUGUGGCGCCCUAAUAUCUUAAAGUGCGUCUGGAGCACGCUGCUCCUGGCCCUCGCCUGCCACCAGGCCAGUGGCCAGCGUACCCCCACCAUUUCCUACAUCACACAGGAGCAGAUCAAGGACAUCGGCGGCACCGUGGAGUUUGACUGUUCCGUUCAGUAUGCCAAAGAGUACAAUGUACUUUUCCUGAAGACAGACAGUGAUCCAGUCUUCCUCUCCACUGGCUCCACGCUGGUGAUCAAGGACUCGCGCUUCUCCCUGCGCUACGAUCCCAGCUCCUCCACCUACAAGCUGCAGAUCAAAGACAUCCAGGAGACGGACGCUGGCACCUAUACCUGCCAGGUUGUGAUCUCUGUGGUCCACAAAGUCAGCGCCGAUGUCAAGCUGUCCGUGAGGCGUCCACCCGUCAUCUCCGACAACUCCACACAGUCGAUCGUGGCCAGCGAGGGAACCGAAGUCCAGAUGGAGUGCUAUGCCAGUGGCUAUCCCACACCGACCAUCACAUGGCGGCGCGAAAACAACGCCAUCCUGCCAACGGAUAGCGCCACCUAUGUGGGCAACAUCCUGCGCAUCAAGUCCGUGAAGAAGGAGGACCGCGGCACCUACUACUGUGUGGCGGACAAUGGCGUCAGCAAGGGCGAUCGGCGUAACAUCAACGUGGAAGUGGAGUUCGCUCCCGUGAUCACUGUGCCCCGGCCCCGUCUGGGACAGGCUCUGCAGUAUGAUAUGGAUCUGGAGUGCCACAUUGAGGCCUAUCCGCCACCGGCCAUUGUCUGGACCAAGGACGACAUCCAGCUGGCCAACAACCAGCACUACAGCAUCUCGCACUUUGCCACCGCCGACGAGUACACCGACUCGACGCUGCGUGUCAUCACGAUCGAGAAGCGCCAGUACGGUGAUUAUGUGUGCAAGGCCACAAACCGAUUCGGAGAGGCCGAGGCGCGAGUGAAUCUGUUCGAGACCAUCAUUCCAGUGUGCCCACCGGCCUGCGGUCAGGCGUACUAUGCCGGCGCCGAGGAGGUGGCCGCCACCUCGUUCGCCCUGGUGGGCAUCCUCCUGGCGAUGCUUUUCACCAGAUAAGCCAAUCCUCCGACUCCGACACCGAGCUCCAAGAUUCCAAUUACUCAGUCCCCCUCAGAAUGCAUAAACCUAUAAAUACAAUCACAUACAUAUGAAUCUAGAUAUAUAGACGACCAUAUCGUGUAACCAAUCAGCAAUAGUCUCAAACGAUUCCCCGAAACCCCCAGUUCUAUUCUCAAAUCUAUUCCCAACCUUGUUUUGUGUUUUCGUUUCGCCCUGUCCAAUUUUCGUACGUCCAAUAUUGUAUCUUAAGUUAAGUAUGUAUGCUAAGUGAAGGGCCGACGACUAGAAGAGGCGAGCAAUCGAUUUAAUUUAUUAGCACCUUAGAGCCAAACGAGAUACGAAACUCUCCGAUAAGUCCUAACAUCCCGUCCCGUCCGCGAUUCCACUGUAAAUGUUUUUAAAUAAUUUUAUU